AUUGAACCGUUGAUUGAUUUCGUCGGAUGGAUGAUCUGGAUGUGCUGGCCCGCGAUUUCGGGCUCGGGACUCGUGGGAAAUCCAACCCGAUGAGGUCGACCCCGCCGGAUCGUCGAUCCAUUGACGAUCCAUUGUUCAGCGACGUCUUUGGUGGCCAGCCCAAGUACACACAGAGGUCAAACUCCAAUCAUAACAAGCACUCCUCGGUGAAUGAUUUCGAUUACGAUUCCAUUUUCCAGUCGUCGGCAGCUAGUGAACCGAAGAACAGUAAUACGAGUAAUAAAUCUUCAUCGUUGCCUGUGUAUGAUAAGCCGGUGUACGAUGAGGAUAUAUUUGAUGGGUUACCAGGGUUGAAAAGCAAAUCGACCGCAUCGACAGUGACGUUUGAUGAUGAUGUGUUUGCCUCGAUUUCCUCACCGCCGACUGGUAAGAGCAGGAACCAGGGCAGCGAUUUUGAUGAUCUGUUGGGGAAUUUGGGAAGGAAUGAAAAGGUUGGCGGGGAUAACCACAGCAAUAGUGCUAAGAGCAACUCGACUUCGAAAGGUUUUGAUGACUUGUUAGCUGGGUUUGGGAGUGGCAGGGGUGUGCUGCCAGCAACAGGUAAUUUAUCUUUUCCUGCGCUGAAUUUUCAGAUUAUCUUAACUGGUUUUUCUUCUGCUGCUUGA